AUGAAUGUGCAGGCUAUUGACAAACUGAGAGAUUAUACAAAUGAAGUUUUGAGGCUCAACAACAUAGAGGACAACAUCAUUAAACAAAAGCUUAAGGUGGAGUGGUUGAGAUUAGGAGAUGGAAACAACUCCUAUUUCCAUGCUUCUCUCAAGGCUAGACAGAGACAAGAUCAGUUGGAUAGAUUGGAGGAUGAUAAUGGCAAGAUCCUAACUCAUCAAAAUGAAAUAGAGAUAGAAAUUGUGAAUUACUAUAAGAAUCUUGUUGGUACCUCUAACAAUAACCUGGCCAAUAUUGAUAUUGAAGCAAAGAGAAAAGGUCCUCAACUGAAUGUUAUGCAAAGGGAAAUCCUAAUAGCUCCCAUUACCGAGGAAGAAAUUCUGAAGAGUUUGAAAGGUUUAAAAUACAAUUCUGCUCCUGGCUUGGAUGGGUACAAUGCCAAGUUAUACAAGGUAACUUGGGAUUUUAUUAAGCAUGAUACUAUUUGUGCCAUCAAGGAUUUUUUUGAGAAGGAUAAGAUAUACAAAGCUGUUAACUGCACUAUUGUCACAUUGAUUCCUAAGCACAACUCUGCUACCAGAAUGAAGAACUUCAGGGAUAUUUCAUGUUGCAUAAUUGUCUAUAAGCUCAUAUCUAGGAUUUUAACCAAAAGGCUUGGAUUUGUCAUAAGUAGCUCAGUCCAUAGCAGCCAAGCUGCUUUUGUCCCAAGCAAAAGAAUACAUGACCACAAACUCAUGGCUUAUGAUUUAAUGAAAGGAUACUUUACAAAAAAUGGUGCCCCCAAAUGUAUGUUACAAAUGGAUCUGCAGAAAGCGUAUGACACUGUUGAAUGGAGCUUUUUGGAAGCCAUCCUGAAGGAGUUCAGUUUUCCUCAUCAAUUCAUUCAAUGGAUCAUGCUAACUAUCAAAAUAGUAUCUUAUAGAUUUCAGAUAAAUGACUGUCUAUCUCAGUUGUUGGAAUCUAAGAGAGGGCUUAUACAAGGUGAUCCAUUGUAUAUCCUGUUAUUUGUGCUUUUAAUGGAGUAUCUUCAUAGAUUUUUACAAAAAUUUAAGGAGCAACCAAACUUCAAUUUCCAUUCCAAGUUUGAGAAGAUGGCUAUUAUGAACUUGAUUUUUGCAGAUGAUUUACUGCUUUUCUCUAGGGAGAUCAGAAAUUAG